UCAACAUCACUCUCCUUCUGCGUGUGUUAUCACUGAAAAUGGCGAGCUGGUGUGUGCGAGCUGGAAGACAGAGCUACUCUGUUGUAGCAUUUCCUUCAUUAAUAAGGGCGUCCCAGCGGCUCCUAUGCACCUCAGCUCAGCAGAAGAGCGGCCAGGGGUCGGAGGAGGACCAGAAGGCUGAGCAGAGCCCUGUAGAGAAGGCCUUGGCUGAGGAGAAGGGUCAGCUGGAGGAGCAGCUUAAAGAGGUCACAGACAAGUACAAGCGGGCCCUGGCAGACAUGGAGAACCUCAGGACGAGGAGUCAGAAGAUGGUGGAAGACACAAAGAAAUAUGGAAUCCAAGGGUUCUGCAAAGACCUGCUGGAGGUGGCAGACAUCUUGGAGAAGGCGACGGAGAGCGUGCCCAAGGAGGAGGUGACCUCUCAGAAGAACCCCCACCUGAAGAACCUGUACGACGGCCUGGUGAUGACAGAUAAACAGAUCCAGAAGGUGUUCACCAAGCACGGCCUGUUCAAGCUCAACCCCGACAGAGGGCAGAAGUUUGACCCCUAUGAGCAUGAGGCUCUAUUUCACGCCCCCGUGGAGGGUAAAGAGCCUGGCACGGUCGCCAUAGUAACCAAGGUUGGCUACAAGCUCCAUGGGCGCACCCUCCGGCCGGCGCUGGUGGGCGUGGCCAAAGCCCCUUAAAAAAAGAGAUUCAGUGCGACCGUUAUGAUGAUGUCGUUGUUGCUUGGGUGACGGAUCACCUUGGGUACAGCAGGCUGGUCAGAGCCCCCCCCACCCAAUCAAAAUCCCCUCCCCCAACCACCUAACGUUGCUUCUGAGGUGGGAAUACAACUCGAACUGAUAUCAUUACCAUGGACAUUAUCAUCACACAGCCUGUUUUGAGACUGUGUACCGAUUCUCCAACCUUCAGCUGAAGUGUGCACUUGCUCAAUCCCCAUCAUGAAUUGAAAAGCAUUGGAUUGGUAUAAGCAUUGGCUGGAGGGAAUUUACGCCAUCUUUAAAUCCAUGACAGGGAGUGUGCAAGUGCAUACUUUGGGAGAAGGGUAGAUAAUUGGGACACAACCCAUGUAUAUGCCAGGAGCAAAUAUGUUUUAACAGAAGUAAUACUUGUAAUGGCAUGUAGAGCACAGAACCAGUUUCAAGUGAGUUAUUUCAGUCAUUAGGGUCAGAUUCCACUCAUUUCUUUGUCCAGUCAUUGUGUUUUCUCAUGUUAUGGAUGGGAGAAUGUAAUGGAUCUCAUUGAUUAUAUACCAAACUGUUGUCAUCACUAUCAUUGGAGAACUAUCAUAUAGCUCUCAUACAAUUGAAUUUAAAUAACGAAAUGUUUCCUGUAAGGUUAUGAGGCUGUCUUUGGCACAACUUAGCCCUGUAUAUUGCUGUUUUAGUAUAGCUUCCAGGGACAGUUUUACAUGUACUCUAUAAUUCAUUUUCAUAAAUGAAGUCUUGACAAAUUGAAGUAUAUGGAGGUGAAAUAUGCAAUGUUUCACUGUAUCAAUAUUCAUGCAAAAUACUUCAGAGGCAACCACUUAUUGUUCAGCUACAACAGUACAGUAGGACACGGAGUAUGGUUGUCAAAAUGAGAUGGGGGGGGGAAAAAAAUGCUCUGGUCAAAUCUAUUACAGAUUCACCGGAGAUAAGCAACAUGAUGUUGAGCCCCUGAUGUAAUCAUUCCGGAUUUCACUGUACCUCACUACUUUGGCAGAUGUCGACUUGGUGGUCUAGGAUAUUAAUAACAGCAUAAUACAAAUAGAGUUUAUCCAAUAACUAUUUGAACUGAACAUUCUAGUGUCUGAACAGUUGUCCUGUUGCGUGAGUGCCACAGCAGCAUCUAAAUAAACAGAUUUACUUUGAA